AGAGUUCACAAAAAUCUACGUUCAGAGACCCGAAGAAGAGUCGGCUUCCAGAGUAGCAUUAAUGCUCUUGGUAGCGUGAUACACGCUAUCGACACAGAACCUUACUGUUUACUUUUCAGGGUUUAUUUAGAAUAUAUUUGGUUAUUUAUUCUUUGGUUACAACGUCGGACUUGUCCGGAAAUGGGAAGAAGCAGAAGUAGAACUCCUCCAAGACGAGACAGGAGACGAUCCCGAUCCACAUCACGUGAACGUGAGCGAAGACGGAGGGACAGAGACCGCUCCCACUCUCGUGAUAGAGACCGCGACCGAGAUCGCCGCAGGACUCGCUCUCGCUCUCCCCAUAGAAGGCGUUCAAGAACUCCUCCCAGACGUCAUCGCUCCUCCUCUCUCUCUCCUUCACGACAAAAACAGGAUGAUGAUCGCAAAGAUUCAAAAGCAAAGUCUGCAAAGCCCAUUCAGAUCUCAGCGGAGGACAUGCAAGGGAAAACGGAAGAAGAAAUUGAGAUGAUGAAGCUGAUGGGAUUUUCUUCAUUCGAUUCUACAAAGGGGAAGAAAACGGAUGGAUCUGUCAAUGCACAUGCUACUAACAUUACUUUGAAGAGAAAAUACAGACAGUACAUGAACAGGAAAGGAGGAUUCAACAGACCUCUAGAUUUCAUCGCCUGAAUCGUCCCAAAUUUCCUGCUUAUUUUUCCGACUGAUGUUGUGUUUUUCUUUUUUGAACCGGCUUGCUCGUGUUAGACCCUCGUCUCUGUGGUUUUUCCAAGUGAAGACAACAUGUAAAUAGGUGCUCCUGCAGUCAUUCAGUUUGUGCUGAUGAAGUAUCAACCCUCAGUUAUUGCUGUUUGUGAAUUUUUGUUAUUAAUAAAGACCUUUUUAAAAAAAUAACAUUGUGUGUUAAAUUUAAAUUAUAUAAGUAGCUAUGUGUCAAAUUUAAAGGAGCUCUGAUUUCUAAAUUGUGCACAUUGAUCUAAAACUUCCUAAAAAAAAAUCCGGACAGAAAUCCCUGUGAGAUUGCAGAUUGGUCUGUGGAGCUUUAAAACUGCUUUGGGCCAAGUAUCAGUUCUGUUUGUUGUUUGUGUUGAUUUCCUCUCCCUGUGAGAACCAUACCAGCAUGGCGAGUGUUUGUCCACCUCCUGGCAGUUUUAAAGAGCCAUGGACAGCCUGCUAAGUCGCACCUUCAUCCCUACUGUCAACAUCUAUCCAUUCAUUUGAAUCCCUUUCAGGGUCACAAGGUCAACUGCUGGUCGCCACAUUAGUUUCUCUCAGGCCGUUAUUGUGGUGGUUUGCUCAUUUUCUACGGGUUUAAUUGUUCUGUGAAGCAAGGCUGAUGGCCACAACGGGCGUACGUUUUCUAACUUAAUUAUUUCCCUUUUUUUUUAGAAGUUUCUAUUUAUAGUGUACUGCUGGAUGGCUUUGAUUGUAAGUUCAGGUUAAUAAAUGUUAAUCAUUAUUGAUUUUAA